AUGGCUACUCUCAUUAACCAACCUCCCAGCCCUACCCUCUCCGCGCAGACCCAGCACUCCGACUGGGCCCACGAUACGGAGCCUGCCAGUGCACGUUCCUCGUCCCUCACCGCGUUCACGCCCGAAUCAGAGUCAGAGUCAGAGUCCGAGUCCGAGUCAAAAGCCCAGAAGGAUAUCUACGAGACCAUAGCAACGGCGGCGGAUAAGUACAUGCUAGGGCCGAUGCCACUCGCGCAAUUCCUCGAUUUUCUGCCCCAGAAACACACGGCACGAAUGCCGACACACCGCGGAGCGUUUGACAACGUAUUUAGUGGGGACGUCGCCUCCAAUCUGAGAGCGGCCAUCAAGGACUUCAGCCGGUGCCCUGGUUUCGACGUCGACCCUUUGCCGCGCAGAGCGAACUAUCCCGCCUUUACACCCGCCAUCGUGUUCCUCGCAGACGGGACUAGAGAUGCAGCGGAACAGGAAUCACAACUGGACUACCACUCCAACGCGGAGCUGUUCAUCGAUAUCCAUGAUGCUGCACGGGGCGACUUCCUGUGCGACCCGCCUCCUGGCACAGAUCGCGCAACCCACAACUUCUUGCUGACGCGUGAGCAGGCGGAGGAUACAGGGCGUGAACGAGCCCGCUUGGCACUCGGGCGACACGUGCUGUGGGCGACGAACGUAUGUUCGCGCCAGUAUCGGCAGUUCUGCUUCACUGUCGCCCUCCACGGAUCAUCUGCGCGCCUGUUCCGAGUCGACAUUGGUGGAGCGAUCGCGUCCGAGGCGUUCGACUUGCGCGAGCGCCCGGAGGUGUUUUGUGAGUUUUUGUGGCGGUUCGCGCACGCGUCGAGCACCGAGCGCGGGUACGAUCCGACGGUGAAGCCGGCAACAGAGAGCGAGGAGGACCUCUUUUACGAUACUAUUGAACAACACGUCAGGGACCAGCUGGAGCUCGAUGACGAGGAGGACAUCUGGAAAGCGAUGGGACAGCACCAUUUGUCUGGGACGGGGCGCACAGCAGCGAUCGGCAUCGUGCUAGAGGACGGGCAGGUCGCGCGCUGCAUUGUAUCGUGCCCUGCCUCUGUGGGCUUCUCCUGGCAAAACGGCGGGAUGCGUGGGUUCUGGGGCGUCCUCGAUGGCAAGGUCAUCUUCCUGAAGGACACAUGGAUAGAGACGAAGCUUGUGGAAGAACCCGAGGGCGCUAUCCUCGAGCGGCUGCACAAGGCGGGGGUGCGCAAUGUUCCGAAGUUAUUGUACCAUGGCUAUGUCCCCGCGCGGCUGCCCACCGGGAAGAUGACACGGAGCCAAAGGGUGGCAAUGAAAGUAUUACAGGAGAGUCUCACGGACAAAUACCUCAACGCCGAGUGGGUCUGCCGUGGCGGCCGAGAUAUUGAGGAGCGCACAGUCGUCCACUAUCGUAUGAUCCUGGGCACGGUCGGGUAUACACUCCGUCGUUUCAAAGGCACGAAAGAACUGUUGCACACGACACACGAUGUAUUUCAAGCUAUGAUUGACGCGUAUGAGAAGGCGAAAACCUUGCACCGUGACAUUAGCAUCGACAAUGUCAUCCUCGUCAAGGAACCUGGAAGUGCUGUCCGUCGAGGGUAUCUCAUCGAUUGGGAGCUGUCCGCCCCAGUAAACGAACGUGGAGAGUCAACCCUCAUGCCUUCAGCGGGCACGGAUCCCUUCCUCUCCCAGCGUCUUCUUCAGGUGAUGAAGCCACAAUUAAUCCAGGACGACAUGGAAUCAAUGAUGUAUGUUGUCGUAUUCUGUGCCGUGAACUGGCUGUCGCACGACAUUCCCGACAUCGAGCGCGUAAUCCACGAGAUGUUCGAGGACGAAAAGGCGGAGAACCAACAAGAGCAGGGCAAAUUGAAGGAGUAUGUCUCGAUGGAUCCGGGAUCGGGGAAGGAAACGAACAAGACAACACGGCAAUAUGUGGAUCCCUCGCAGUUCAGGGCGCCGUUGUCGGUGUGGCUCAACACAGUCAUGAACUACAAUUUCCCGUGGGACAAGUUUAUAACGACAGCAGAGAAGCAUCGGUUUGAGGGUAAAUGGGAGAGCCCGCAGCCGCUGAACGAGUUCUGGACAGAGUUCCUGAAGACGCAGGAAUUGCCUGAGGAAGACAGGGUGAGCGGCGUCAAUUCCGAUAAAAUCAAGGUGUACACUGCGACGAAAGUAUUUGCACAUCGGGCUGCAAAACUUCCAGCCAAACGGAAAGCGCCGGCACCGCGGGGAACCGUCGACAUGGACAGGCCGACCAAGAGAGCCAGGAUCGGGGCCCGAUAG